CGUAAAACCGUUAAAGCAAGCAGGCGUUGUUGCUUCGACCGUUUAUCAAAACAUAUGUUCUGAACAUUGUCGGCACGUGGCGUAGUAAAAGUGAUUAGUCAUUCAAUACAAUUCACAACUUUCUGUUUGUUGUGCAAGUGUAGCAAGCAGUGCUUGGAUGAUAGCGGUUGACCAUGUCUGCAAAAAGGUCUCUUCAUUUUGUAUUUAAGAUCGGAAAUAGAAAGGAAACCGCUAAUUUUUACAGAGAUGUACUGGGAAUGAAGGUUUUGCGCCAUGAGGAGUUUAAAGAAGGCUGUAAAGCGUCUUGCAAUGGACCUUAUGAUGGUACAUGGAGCAAAACAAUGAUUGGAUAUGGCGCAGAAGAUUCGCACUUCGUUUGUGAAUUAACUUACAAUUAUGGCAUUGGGCAAUAUAAACAUGGGAAUGAUUAUUUAGGAAUGACUAUCAAUUCCAGUCAAGCAUUUGAAAAGUGCAAAAGUGUUGCAACAUGCGAAGAAAAAGAUGGUCAACGCAUUGUGACAUCACCGUGUGGUUAUAAAUUUAUUGUAUGUAACAAUGCAGUUGAAAACGAUCCAGUGCAGAAAGUUACCCUCGGCUGUGAAAGUUUAGAAAAAAGUCUUAAAUAUUGGCAGGAAGUGUGUGGAAUGCAAGUUUUUGACAGAAAGGAUAAGAACGCAAUUCUUGGAUAUGACAAAGCCCAAGCAAAGCUUGAAAUUGUGGAAGUGGGAUCUGUUGAUCACGCAACAGCAUAUGGGAGAAUCGCGAUCGGGUGUCCACGAGUUGAACUACCGGGAAUUCAAAAGAAAGCAAAAGAUAGCGGAAAUAAAAUUCUGACGGAACUUGUGAGCCUGGAUACCCCAGGUAAAGCAACAGUUGAAGUUGUGAUUCUUGCUGACCCAGAUGGCCACGAGAUCUGUUUUGUUGGAGAUGAAGCCUUUAAAGAACUUUCUCAAGUUGAUCCAGCAGGAGACAAACUAUUGAACGAUGCAAUGGAGGCCGACAAAAGUGACGAGUGGUAUGCAAAGCGUAACAAGCAGAAACCACAAGCUUAGAGAUGUUGCAUUGACCAAUUUAUAAACUUUGUAGCCAAUGAAGUGAAUUAGGCAACAUUGAAACUUCAGGUGAAUACUGACAAACUGACUAUCCGUUUUGUUUAGGAAAGCCGGUUCUUCUAUAUAAAGCUGAUUUAGUUUGUGUCUGCUAUGGUAAUAGAUAAACACGCCCAGAAAAUUUCUACAUUAUGUUCCGUCAUUUUCCUCUUGUAACCGGACGAGUGGUCGUGGAAUGAAAAUAGUUCAGUAGAAUGUUUCUCUUUUCUUUUUAUACUGCUAUCUCUACAUUUGUCAGAAGGUUGCGAGAUUUUUUAAUUUGAAUAUGUGUGGUGCGCUCAUUGGUGGUUUGUAACAAGUUCAAAACUUAUUGCUUCAACUUUUUAGACCUGAUUAUUCAAGGAUGUCUCAUUAACAAAUUUACUACUAAAGUCAUUGUAAAACUAUCAUAAAAUAUACUAAUAUUUAUGGCAAUUUUUUUUGUAAAAUUGACACAUUUGAGAGAAAACAUGGAUUGAUCUUUAUCAACGAUUACCAAGUAGUACCAAAAACUGGAUAAGCCCAAUAUGAGCUUAUCACAAUCCACUAUCAUGUUUUACUAAUGUCUCUAAGUGGCCGAAAUGUAACUGUAGAUUGCACUUUUAUUAAGUAAAUUGUUUAUCAAUUUAUUAUAGUAGGUUAAUCUAUUCAUUUGAAAUAUUUUUUAAUAACAAGUUCAAUAUCGAAAAUGAUAUAUUUAAUAUUCUAAUGCCCAUUAAUUGGCGAUAUGUUAUUAUGUACAUAAUGAUUUGUAAUAAAUUUUUUAAUGAAUUCUCACAGCAUUUCUUGAUUUCUAUUCGAUUAAAAGAGAGUGUUUUUGAGUGUGUAUUUUUCAAUAACCGAGAAAGUCAAAUAAAGAUUUUUUUUUUGAAUAUUUUAAUCAUGAUAAUCAACUAAUGAUCCAUGGAACGUGAACAAAACAUUUGAGUAAAGUUGUAAAUUUAUCUGAAUGUUCUUCAAGUUGCACAAAGAAGAAUUUCCUAAAUAGUAAAACCAAUGGUGCAAGUGUAAUACUGGGAAUUUUGCAUUGGGUCGAAAAUCGAUGAAGCAUGACUCGACAGCAUGAUAUUGUUUCAACUAAUAACCAUUACAUUACCAUCAAUAACAAUUUCAACCAUUUUCUCCCCUAGUAUUUUCCGGACCUCCUUCAUAGAAUAUACCUACGACUUCCAGCUUGUCUAUCUAACCGAAACAAAUGUAUUAUAUAACGCAAUAACAAUUAAACCCAACAUCUCAAAUUUGCUUCAAUAAUUUGAUAUUAUUCGGGGGAAAGUUCUAUGUAGAUAAAUUCAUGUGAGGCGAGCAUGGGCGUUCACAGAUUAACUUUUUACAUUUCUAAUCUUUGUUAAUAGGUUUAAUUUGAGUGCUUGUUAUCUUUUUACUUUAUUGGGUUCCAAUUUCAAGUGAUGAGUGAAUUGUGUGGUGUGGUAAAAUAUUACUCAGUGGAUGAAAGGUUAUUUUUUUGCUGAAGACUGUAAAUAAAAAUUUGUAAAUUUCACUAAAUUUUUACUGUAAUUAUCAAGGCAAGAAAAGUGUGACAAAGAAAUAAAGAUGUUAUUCUGUUGGAAUUUUUUUUUUCUUUCAAUUUUUUUAAUAUUUCUUCUGUAGUUCUUUUGAGUAGUUGGAUAGCCUUAAUACCAAAUUAUUGCACAUGCCAGAUUUAGGUCACCGAAGAUAUAGAUUGUAAUAAUGAGUUUAUUUUCUGAUUUUUAAAUUACACAUCAGUUAAACAUGCUUGGUUUGGGGGUGGCAUAGUAUAUAAUAUAGUAUAAUUGGCAGAAUAAUCUCCACACAAAUAAUGGGUUGUAAUUCUGCCAGUUCAGUCAUAGUUUGGUUUCAAAUGGCUUAAUUAUAAUUCCAUAAUAAUAUAUAGUUAGGAAUAGAGAUGGAUAUUUGGUCUCAAUCAUAUUUUUAGUGGCCUCUUCCAUAUAAGCAUAUCUAGUGCCAUAUUGACAGUCGGUUAGAAAUAGGGAAAGAUAGAUAUAUGGACAGAAUCAUGAUUUGAAUGGCCUAUCUUUCAGAGGGAUAUUUUUCUGUCUGGAUGGGGAUGGGUCUAUGGCCUUCUUAGUAGAAUGUUAUUGGGCUGUCAUAUAGACAGCAGAAUAGGGAUGGAUAUAUAUGAUCCAAAUUUGUCAUUUUCGGAAGUGUCAUAUUCAAAUCAUUUACUUUACAUUGUAUCAUUUUGAUACUACGAGACAAGAAUGCAGUAUCUAUAUUGUUUAAGUUCCACUAUGAAAUUUAGAGUGCCAUUUAUUUGAAGCAGGAUUAAUUGCAAUAGUGGGUUUGUUUUAUCAGAUAUUGGAAAUAAAAUUUAUGGAAAUAGAA